UGGCCCGUCCGGCCUGACUGACAGACAACAGCGGUCACUCCGAGGAUCUCCAGGGGACUUCCGCGGGAGCAAAAAACGACGCCGGGCUUUGAUUUGGAGUUGUGCUGUUUUUGUCACUAUGAAAAGCCAAGACGCGUUCCUGCUGGUGUGUUGCGUAUGCGGCCUGAGUUCACUGGGAGGAGCCGCGGAUGUCGAGCAGGCUCUCAUGAAGCAGAUCUUCGCUAACUAUAAGCUCAAGGUUCGUCCCGCACGCACCCCCGAGGAGCGAGUGGUGGUCCGAGUGGGCAUGACCCUGUCCUCAUUUGUCGGACUGAAUAUGAAAAAUGAAGAAAUGAGCACCGUCGUCGUCAUGAAUUUGGAGUGGACAGAUUACAACUUGUCAUGGGAUCCCAAAGAGCAUGACGGGAUUGAGGUUUUGCGUAUCCCCGCUUCAAAAGUGUGGCUGCCGGACAUUGUCCUGAUCAACAACAACGAUGGCGUGUUUGAUGUGGCGCUGCAUGUUCACGUGCAGGUGUAUAGCAAUGGCAGGGUGACCUGGACCCCCCCUGCGCUCUACCUGAGCUCCUGUGGCGUUAGGGUGACAUAUUUCCCUUUCGACUGGCAGAACUGCAGCAUGCAGUUCCGCUCCUACACGUACGACUCCACCGAGAUCGAGCUGCAGUACACGCUGGAUGCGAACGGCAACGAGAUACGGGAGAUCCUACUGGACGAGGCCUUCAGCGAGAGCGGCGAGUGGCACAUCAGACACAAGGCGUGCAGGAAGAACAUGAACAAAGACCUGUACGAGGACAUGAGCUUCUACCUGAUCAUCGAGAGGAAGCCGCUCUACUACGUGCUGAACAUCAUCAUCCCGUGCAUCCUCAUCACCGUCAUCGCCAUCUUCAACUUCUACCUGCCGCCCGAUGCGGGCGAAAAGAUGGGACUGUCCAUCAAUGUUUUGCUCACCCUUACGGUCUUCCUGCUGCUGUUGGCGGACAAAAUUCCCGAGACCUCGCUGGGCGUCCCCAUCAUCGUCAAGUACAUCAUGUUCACCAUGAUCCUGGUCACCUGCUCCGUCAUCCUCAGCGUGGUCGUGCUCAACCUGCACCACCGCUCGCCGAACACCCACAUGAUGCCGCUGUGGGUCCGCAGGAUCUUCAUCCACAUGCUACCCUCGUACCUGUGCAUGCUGCGCCCCAAAGUGGAGGUGCCCCUGGCCCUCAAGAUGUUGCCCAUCCAGCGGGAGAAAAAGGUGUUUGCCAUCAACAAGGCCACCGACGAGUACUUCAUCCGCAAGCCGGACAACGCCAUCUUGUUCCCUCGCCCCAACAGGUUCCAAGCAGAGGGGAAAACAUCGGAGCUAAGGAAGUUCAUCGACGGGCCCAGCGGCUACCUGUCACUGCCCCCCGAACUCAAGUCCGCCGUCGACGCCAUCACGUACAUCGCCGAGGCUCUGCAGGCCGAAAAGGACUACGAAGCUCUGAAGGAGGACUGGCAGUACGUGGCCAUGGUGGUGGACCGCAUGUUCCUCUGGAUAUUUGUCAUCUUCACCACCGUGGGCACCUUGGCUAUUUUUACUAAGGCCAGCCUCAAUCGGGCACCCACUGACCCGUUCUAACCCCAGAA